CGAUCCACAUUUAACUUAUAAGUAUUAUACUUGCACUACAAUACUUUUAUAAAUGAUUUUAUUUUUCAAACACUAAGCCUAGUUGCCUUUUCCCCUUUAAUUAAAACAAUCCCUUUCUCUUUUUCUUUCUCUUUUCACCUGAUCACCACCACCCCCUUCCAAAGUCCAAACCAUAAUUUUACCAAAUUAUUUCAACAUUUUUUUCCCAAAAAACAAAAAAAAAAAAAAAAAAAAAUAGAAAAUAAUUGAAAAUGGCAGAUUUAAGCUUCUACGUUGGAGUCAUUGGCAAUAUAAUUUCAUUACUCAUGUUUCUUUCUCCAGUGUCAACGUUCAAGAGGAUAAUAGAGCAUCGAUCCACAGAAAACUUUGAGAGUAUUCCAUACAUAUGUACACUAUUGAAUGCAUCCUUAUGGACUUACUAUGGUCUUAUCAAGCCUGAAUAUCUUGUAUCUACCAUUAACGGUUUCGGUGUCGUUGUCGAGAUCAUCUACGUUAUUGUGUUCCUCAUUUUUGCCCCUCGCAGAUUGAAGGUAAAGACCUGGAUACUAGUGGGUCUAUUAGAUUUGGGAUUUUUGGCAGCAGCAAUAAUAGUGCCAAAGCUGGCAUUACAACAGAAAUAUCAAAUUGAUGCUUUAGGUUUUUUAUGUGCCGGCCUUAAUGUCGUCAUGUAUGGCUCUCCUCUUGCUGCAAUGAAAACAGUGGUGACAACCAAAAGUGUAGAGUACAUGCCAUUCCUUCUAUCAUUCUUCCUCUUCUUGAAUGGAGCAACUUGGACAUUCUAUGCUGUGCUUCGACGGGAUUUUUACCUUAUGGUGCCAAAUGGAAUUGGAUGUUUUCUUGGAGUUUUACAGCUAGUCCUCUACGCUAUCUACAGAAAUGCUAAGCCUUCCAACAAGAACGACCUAUCAGAAAAACUAAUUGAGGAAGGUUCACAAGCAAAUCUCAUCUCAUCUUCAAAUCAACCACCAAAGAAAAAAGCCAAUCGGUGAAUCGUUGAAAGAAUUAAGUACAAUCAAUCACGUUUUUUUGUAAGAGUAAAUUGUAUUUGAUAUAAAAAUAAACCUAAUGCGAUUAUUUAAUUGGCGAGUGAAUUUUUUUGGUCUUGUAUUGUAUAAAAAAAAUGGUCAUGGUGAAAGAGUGUGGUAUGUAUAUUUACUCUUGUAAAUAGUAAAAUGAAGUUUUUGCUA